CGAAGAUGAAGAGAUUGGAGGAGGAGAUGAAGAAAGUACAACAAGAGGAGGAAGAAAGAAGAAAAUCUGCUGAAGCAAAAGCGGCAGCAGAAGAAGAGAAAGAGAGGAUGAGGAUUGAGAGUGGAGAAGGGAGUAGUGGUGGCACGAUGACGAGGGAGAUAGAUACAGGGCUGGAGAAGAGGAUCAGCGAGUGGGUCGCUAAUUUAUCGUUGGGAGAAGACGAGGAGGCGGAGUCCUAUGUGACUAAGGAUGAGAAGGCUGCGCUGGCCGCUGAGCUAGCAGCCAUGACAGACCCGAUGGAACRAAGMGASAGGGAAGACGAGCAAAAGUUAGCAUGRAAGUUGAGAAUGAAGAGSGAGAAGAAGAGGAGGAGAGAGGAAGUGAAUAAGAUGACCGCAGCAGUGGCAAAGGUGCAGGAGUGUAGAGCGGAGGUGCUGGCCCAACCAGACGAUAAGUCCAAGUGGGACAAAGUACUGGGGUACCUGGAGGUGUUGAGCAAGGCCUGGAUGGAGGAGCGCCAGGCAAGCUGGAGCCAGGAUGUAGCGUUGAGUGCCAUGCGGUCAGGGUUUAGAGAUUUUGCACAUGAGAUCGUCACCCAUAUUGGGGACGAAGUGAAGCAAUUGAGAGAUAAUGUAGAGAAGUUUUGUGAGGGCGCCAUUCAGGGUGCCACAGCUAUAGCCGCUGUAGAGGGAGAGGCCAGACCUCGUAAGGACCCAGUGAAACUCAAGUUCCCAGAUGCGUACGGGGGGAAGAAGGAAGAGAACUUUGACAACUGGGAMGCCAGUGUCAACAGUUAUAUUUACUUGCAGCAUAUCCUAACAGAGGAGCAAGUCCUCGUGGCCUUCCAGGCCCUGAAGGACGAAGCGGCUAGCUUCGCCAGGUCUCUCGCGCGUACAGCCGUAGUCUACUUAGAUGAUAUCCUAGUCUUUAGUAAGACCCUCCAGGAGCACCAGGGUCAUCUGAGGCAGGUCUUGGAGAAGCUUAGAGAGGCUAACUUCAAGAUCAAUGCGAAGAAGUGCGAGUGGGCCAAGACGCAAGUCUUAUACCUGGGCCACGUGUUGGACGGAGAUGGCAUUAAGCYAGAGGACAGCAAGAUCGCGGCGAUCAGAGAUUGCCCGACGCCCCGCACAUUGACAGAGUUGCGGUCAUUCCUAGGCUUAGCUAACUACUAUAGGRAGUUCGUAAGGAACUUCUCUACUAUCGCCGCUCCCUUGCGCAGGUUGCUGAAAAAAGAGGCAAUCUGGCAAUGGGACAAAGACUGUACGUCUGCGCUUAAGAAGCUAAAGCGCGCGUUAAUAGAAUAUCCUGUCCUCAAAGUUGCAGAUCCGUCUUUGCCAUUUGUCGUCACCACGGACGCGAGUCAGUAUGGGAUAGGCGCCGUGUUGCAGCAAGAUGGCGGCAAUGGCUAUAGACCCGUAGAGUUCAUGUCAGCGAGGAUGCCCUGUGAGAAGGUCGCUACCACCACGUACGAGAGAGAACCCUACGCUCUCAGGCAGGCUUUAGACCAUUGGAAGCACUAUCUGCUUGGGAGGCACUUCAAAGUGUAUUCUGACCAUGAGACACUUCGUUGGCUAAAGACCCAGGCCAAGAUGACACCUAAGUUGACUAGGUGGGCCGCAGAGAUAGACCCAUUCGACUUUGAGCUCAAGCCAGUAAUGGGCAAGUACAAUGUAGUGGCGGAUGCUCUAAGUAGGAGAUCAGACUACUUUGGAGCGGUAGUACAUUAUCUGGAUAUAGGGAGAGACCUCCAGGAGAAAGUGAAACAAGCGUAUAYGCAGGACCCUAUCUAUAACGACCUCCUAAAGAGAGUUAGAGAGACCCCAGAGACCGAACCAGAUUACCGCACUACAGACGGGUUGCUGUUUGAGAAGACUAMURUGUUUGACCGCCUGUGCGUUCCCAACAGCGAAGAGAUUCGUAGUCUAAUUCUAGGGGAAUGUCACGAUACUGAGGGACACUUCGGUUGGUAAAAGACGUUAGCCAAUUUGAUGCGUGCGUACACAUGGCCAGGGAUGAAGAACGACUGCAUAGAGUAUGUCCGCGGUUGUAAAGUGUGCCAGAGGAAUAAAUCUACUACACGCGC